AUGAGUUCAGAAGCAUCGAGUUCGAAUCAGGAAUGUCUAUUUCUCCAAUUUAUAAAAACUUUAAGUUCAGAAGAUAGAAGCGAAUUGAUAGCGAAACCUUCAUGCGCUUAUUUUAUGUUUCGAAUGCUUCCUCCAAUCGCACAACAAGUUAUUGUUCAAUUAAUUUGGAAUGGGAAUGUCGCAGCCAGUAAAGAUAUGAUAGAAAAAAUAGACAUGUCCGCAUCAACAUCACUUUUAAAAGAUCUCAAUAUUGUCGACGAGAAUGGAGAAAUUGAUGUAUCAUUCCGGCGCGCUUAUGUAUUUUCUAUGUUGACUGGUUCGACGCGCGUCGCUAACUUGAGGACACAGAUGAUCGAAGAGAAGAAGAAGCAGAAGGAUGUGAGCAAGAAAGCAUUGGAACGAUGGGAUUGUAUAUUGAGGUAUUUGGCGUUGCCUUCGGAACAAAAUAUCAAUUCGGUAUCGGUAACAACUCGAGCAUUGUUCCAAUCUGCUGGAUUCACGUCAGGCGAUGGUCAAAGAGAUAUUGAGAUUACUACAACUGGUUUCCAAUUUCUUCUUCUAAGUCCUGUUCAGCAAAUGUGGACAUAUGUUAUAGAAUACCUGAAACUGGAAAUGAAAUCUUACAACAGCAUCGUCGAGCUCAUUGAAUUACUCAUUCAAGUGAUUCUAUGUGCACACAAAGGCUUCGAACCAGGCCACGAGGCGUUUGUGCUCGACAACAACUGGAGCGAACGACAAAGUGAGCUAAUUAAUCAUCUCAGAGAGCUUGGGGUGAUUUUCAUCAGAAAACGCAAGGAUGGAAUAUUCUUUUUGACGCCACUCAUUCAGCAUUUGGCCACAAAUGAAACAUCAAUGAAUAAUCCAACGGAUAAAUCUUCGAGUGGAAGUAUCAUUGUAGAAACGAAUUUCCGAUUAUACGCAUACACAUCGUCUCCACUUCAAUUGGCUAUUUUGUCGACAUUUACCGAAAUGACGUAUCGAUUCAAUGAUAUGUCUGUUGGAAUGUUGACUAGAGAAUCGGUUCGAAGAGCUCUUCAGGUGGGAAUUACGGCAGCCCAAAUUAUUUCCUUUCUUCGUACCAACGCUCAUCCACAAUGUCUUGCCAAUGGUGGUCCUUUGAAUUGCCUACCGAUUACUGUGGCUGAUCAAAUAAGGCUAUGGGAAGAUGAACGAAAACGAAUGGUACUCAACGAUGCAUACAUGUACUCAACGUUCGAGAGCGAGCAAGAAUUUUUUGGCGUUCGAGAUUUUGCUGCCGCCGAGGGAAUUCUUUUAUGGGCCGAUACUCAACAGAAACUGGUGAUUGUGACCGAAAGUGGGCAUGAGAAAGUAAAACAGUGGUACAAGGCGAAUCGACGGGGCAGCGAUAAGUGA